GUAUCGUGCAAUUUACUGCAAUGUAUUCUCCCAUCACUAGCCGUACAAGCGUCGCGUUAAACUAACUGCACAAUUUGACAGCCGAAAAGCAUCUACACUAAAAUUGCUAGCAACAAUUGCCUAUCGUAUAACCCAAAUGGCCGAAUUUUCAGUAGAACGUGUAGAAGACAAAAGAUUGGUAAACGGCCGCACGGAAUACUAUUUAAAGUGGAAAGGAUACCCCCGCAGUGAAAACACUUGGGAGCCUGUAGAAAAUCUUGAUUGCCCCGACUUAAUAUCCACUUUCGAGGAGUCGCUGAAAACGAAGAAGGAGCCAAAGAAGCGGAUAGCAACAGUGUCUACACCCGAAAACAUUCGCAGCAAGCGGAAGUCAUUCAUGGAGGACGAGACCGAAGAAACCCGAAAGCUCAUUGGAUUUGAGCGCGGCUUGGUUCCGUCAAAGAUACUGGGCGCAACCGACUCGCUGGGUCAACUCAUGUUCCUGAUGAAAUGGAGGGGCAGCGAUCAUGCCGAUUUGGUGUCUGCCAAAGUUGCCAACGAACGCUGUCCGCAGGUUGUUAUUGCCUUCUACGAGGAGCGCCUCACCUGGCACACCGGCAAUGGCAAUGGUACUAGUGGCGGUGGCGGUGAUGGCGACGGCAUGGGCUGCAGCGGCUCUGGAACCGGCACUAACCCCGGCAGCGUCGAGACCCCAAGUGGCAGCACUGCUGGCGGACCAGACGAGGAAGAGGAUGACGAGGCUGAAGCUGAGGCUGAGCCGGAGCCGGAGCCAGAGGCCGAGGCCGAGGCUGAGCCGGAGCAAGAGCAAGAGGCCGAAGUCGAAGCCGAGGCCAGUCCAGCCGCCAGCACCAAUAACGACGAGAACCAGAAACCGGAUGAGGGAGACAGCGAGCUUGGAAUCGGAGAAACCGACGACUAAGCAUAUUCGAAAUAAUACAUAGAAAUUAAUGUACCAAUUAAGGAAGGAUCCAAGGUGGAUCUUGAUUUGACUAUGUUUUUUUUUUUAAAUACAUAGCUACAUAUACUUUAACCAAUCUCACAUUCGGUGAGACCCAAUUGGAGUAUGUAAUAUACAUA